CCUGCUGUGCGUUGUCCAAGGCAACUCGUCCACUUCUUUUCUUCCAUAUCGGAACCCAGUUCCAUAGUUCGUUACAGCAAUGGAUUCCCUUCCUAUACACAUAAUCAUCUCUCUUGUCUGUUGGUCAUUUUGUUUAUUGCCAUUCUCUGCAUCAUCCGACAGCCGCCUUCUUCCCGGCAAGCCGCUUUCUGCUGCCACCACCAUCAUCUCCGACGACGGCACUUUUUUCCUGGGAUUCUUCUCCCCAUCCAGCUCCAGCUCCAGCACAAAACAUUACUACGUCGGCAUAUGGUACAAGAACACACACAGGGACAACGUUGUGUGGGUUGCCAACCGUGCCAUACCAAUCGCCGAUCCUUCUUCUGCAACACUCACCUUGACCAACAGAUCCAAUCUCGCCUUGUCAGACACCAACGGCCAUCUUCUCUGGAUGACAAACGUCAGCACCACGAGCAGUUCAUCGCCAGAGGCAACUGGUGGAGAAGCCACUCUUGAAAACAGCGGGAAUUUAAUCAUUCGGUCAUCACAGGGCAACAUCUUAUGGCAAAGCUUUGAUUACCCGACCGACACACUCCUUCCACACAUGAAUCUCAGAAUCAACCACAAGACGCAUGCACUACAACAGCUCAUCUCUUGGAGAAACCCCCAAGACCCAUCACCGGGCAACUUCUCGUACGGUGCAGACCCUGGUGAGUUUCUGCAGCGUUUUAUAUGGAAUGGGUCAAGGCCAUACCGGCGCAGUCCAGUAUGGAAUAACUAUUUGGUAGUCGGGCCAUACCUCGAGAGUAUCAAGUCCACACUUUACUUUACACUGCAACAUAUAGAUGAUGAGGUCUACAUUUCCUUUGGGCUACCAGUGCCAAGUGUGUCCUCAUCGGUGCUAGUGUUAGUGAAGAUGGACUACUCAGGCAAGGUAAGGAUAAUAAUCUGGAAUAGCAACAUGUCCAAAUGGACUGACCUGCAGUCAGAACCUAACCAGGAAUGCAACAAAUUUGGAUAUUGUGGUCCAUUUGGUUACUGCGAUAACACACAGCCUAUUGUGACGUGCAAGUGUCUUGAUGGCUUUGAGCCAAACAACAAACAGGAUUGGACCGCAAGUAGGUUUUCGCAGGGAUGCCGCCGGAUGGAAGCACUAGUAUGUGAUCAAGGAGAUGGCUUCUUAAAUUUGUCAACCAUGAAGGUUCCCGACAAGUUCUUAUAUGUCAAGAAUAGAAGCUUCAAUGAAUGCAGAGCAGAAUGUACCAGCAACUGCUCCUGUAUGGCGUAUGCUUACGCCAAUAUGAGCGCCAAGGCUAUCAAUGGGGAUGAAACAAGGUGCCUAUUAUGGAUGGGAGAUUUGGUUGACACAGAGAAGCUCAGUGGACAAGGGGAAAACCUCUAUAUUCGGGUUAACAGAUUGAGUGAUAAAAACUGGAGUGGCAAUGUACUGAAGAUUGCAUUGCCGGUUGUGUCAAGUUUACUCAUAAUCAUAUGUGCGUGCCUUGUUUGGAUCUGCAAGAGCGGAGGCAAACGAAGAAACAAGGAAAUUUGGAAGAAGAUGAUGUCAGGUACUUCAAUUACUGCAGCUGAACUUCGUGAUGGAAACUUAAAGUAUCCUUUUAUUAGCUUCAGAGAGAUUGUACUCGCAACAAACAAUUUCUCUAACUCUAACAUGCUUGGACAUGGAGGUUUUGGAAGUGUUUACAAGGGGAUAUUAGGAGAUGAAGAAAUUGCUGUGAAAAGGCUUAGUAAGGGCUCUGGCCAGGGGGCACUGGAGUUCAGAAAUGAAGUAAUACUCAUUGCGAAGUUGCAGCACCAAAACUUGGUUAGACUUCUCGGGUUCUGCAUCCAUGGAGAUGAGAAACUAUUGAUAUAUGAAUACUUAACUAACAAGAGUCUGGAUGCCUUCCUUUUCGCAGAUGCUACAAGAAAAUCAAUAUUUGGUUGGCCAAUAAGAUUCGAAAUAAUCAAAGGGGUAGCUAGGGGGCUUCUUUAUCUUCAUCAAGAUUCAAGGUUGAAGAUAAUUCAUAGGGAUCUCAAAGCAAGUAACAUACUGCUAGAUGCUGAAAUGAGCCCUAAGAUAUCUGAUUUUGGUAUGGCGAGGAUAUUUGAUGGCAAUCAGCAACAAGGAAACACCAACCGCGUUGUUGGCACAUACGGUUACAUGUCGCCAGAAUAUGCUUUGGAAGGUGUGUUUUCUAGCAAGUCUGAUGUAUAUAGCUUUGGAGUUUUACUUCUAGAGAUUGUGAGUGGCUCAAAGAUCAGCUCUAUGCACCUAAAAGCGGACUUCCCCAACAUUAUAGCCUAUGCAUGGAGCUUAUGGAAGGAUGGGAGCACAAAGGAUUUUGUUGACUCAUCAAUUGUGGAGAGCUAUUCACUUAAUGAAACUUCACGAUGCAUCCAUAUCGGACUCUUGUGUGUUCAGAACAGCCCAAAUGCGCGGCCACUCAUGUCAUCAAUCGUGUCCUUCCUGGAGAAUGGAGAUAUAUCACUUCCACAUCCAACACAGCCAAUAUAUUUUGCAGGAAACAACUAUGAAACUGAUGGAGCAGCACAGGAUACCGUAAAUUCUGCAGAUAACAUGAGCAUUACAGUGCUAGAGGGGCGCUAGUACCUAGCAAUCUAUUUUCAGCAUAUGCCCAUUUGUAGUUUUGACUAACCAUAUGAAGCAAAAGAUACCGGUAUUUGAUUUGGAGAACAUGUAGCCCUAUUAUAAUGUACAUAAUGUAUUUCAACUCCAGUAACUCCUGUAGCAAAUGGGAGAAUCUACGUUUCUUAUCAA